AAAAAUGGUCAUGUGCUGUUUUUCAUAAUCAUUUAUUAAAUUUGAAUAAAAAAGAGUAAAAAAAAUGUCAGUGACAGAUGACAGUUCAGCGCAGCUAGUCGCCCAUCAGUGUACUUGCCUAAAUUUUGUAAACAAUGCAAAUAAAAACCCUUUAAUAAUAUUACCCAAAUAAUAAUUAACAAUUAAAAAACAAUAAUUAUAAAAAAAGAAAAAAAAAUAUGAAAACAAAUUAAUUUUGAAGUAAACAAAAAACUAACCUAAAAAAAUCUCAUACCAAGUGCAGUGAUAAUAAAUAAUUAUAUUUUGAGUAAUUAAUAAUGAUCGAAUCACCAGGAUGGAGCACGGAGAGAGACAAGGAGAUCCACAAAGCCGCAGGGAACGUCCAGUUGCGAAAGUACAGCAAAUUAUUCAACCGCCUUAGCGAGGAGUGGUUCGAGAGCUCCUCAUCACUGAGCUACAUGCUGGAGGGUCCGAUCCGUCUGGUCUGUCACGGGAAUGAAGAAGACACUCUGCUGUCUUUAGUAGAGAUGGAGAACAAGAACCUGUCAAAAUUAUUGGCGACUGUCGCGGCGACGUGCCGCGAGAUUCGCCUGCUAAAGCAGGAGUCUCAGGAGUUUUUUAAGAAAUUGUUUAAUCAUGGUGAGAAAAGCGACUCAGACAUCGAGACAAAUAAUUUUAAUGCUCUGCUAGCUGAUUUCCAGGAGCUGUCUUUGUAUAUUAACAGAGUGAUGACUGUGGUGAGUCUGACAGUUCAGCAGCUGGGGAGUUUGACGUCUAGUACCAAUGAAAUUUACCUACCGGCGCUGAUAGAGCACUUGGUGGACUGCUUCGUGGUCCUGGUGACCCUGGAUGAGAUUGUGGACGCCUUGCCGAUGAUUGUUGAACAGUGGAAGAAGUACCGGGUGCAAGUUAGGUCAGUGAUGCACAAUCCUGGGAAGUUUGCAGUGUCUGAAGCGAAGCUGAUGACGUUUGACAGGCUGCUGAAGGAUUUGCAUAAUCAGCUGUUGAUUAAAAGUUUGUUUGUUAAGGCGGUUGAUCAUGUGAUGGAUGUGAAGAAGAGCCCGGUGAUGAAUGAUCAUCUUGUUAGUUACUUGAAGAAUCUUCUCAGUGAUAUUGAGGCUAAGAUUACCAGUGUUUAUUUGAUUAAUAAGUCUUGGAUCCGUCUGAACGUGGGCCUGGUAGUAUCCGUAAAACUCUUCGGCGUAGCCGACAAGAAGCUUUUAAAAAAGCUCUGUGACGUGAACAAGAAGCUCUACGCUGUAACAUUGGUGGGCAACAUAGUCUGGCUGCCCAGCAAGUUCCUCAGCGAGAACAUCCCAGCCGAAACCAGUCCAGUGAAUAACACCGUCGGCGAGCGAGUUUUAAGCAACAGGAUGCAAAAGCUGUCAGUAACCUGCGGCGGUUUGAUAAACAAGUCAAUGACCUGGUGCGUAGAAGCCAAGAACUUGCUCUGCGGCGUUGAGUUCCAGAUCUCGGACAUCAAGAAGCAGUACUUGCUGAUCAAGGAAGCAGUUACUUUAAUGUCCCAGAUAAACGAGCAGGUGUCCUUUAUUACAAACGUCCACGCUUCGCUGGCGAAGCCGAUGAACAGGAGCACAGUCCAGCUGAUCUGUCGAAUGAUCGAAGUCCAGCGAACCCUGGAGACAACAGUCUACACUUUGGGACCUAUGGUAGUCCAAGCUCAGAGCAGAGGUCUUCAAUAUUUAAGCUACGAGAUCCUCGUCAUCUUGGAGAACGCUCGCAAAGGCUUGCUGCAGAAAGACCAGGGUUAUAGAAGAGAAAAGCUGGACGCUCUUUCUUUGACCUGCUUGAGCAUGAAGUUGAUUAAUGGACCUGGUUCAGCAGACAGAAGGUUGAUCGUCCGCUGCGCUUUGAGCUGUGUUAGGCAACUUGCCGAUGCCUUUAAAGAUGAAGAAGUCAUAAAGUUGAAGCAGAAGCUGGAUGACUAUGACAUCAUUGCUGAUUUGCACGCUAAUAUUGCAGAAGCUUGCGAUUAUUCAGUGCUGCUGCAUCACCAGUCGAUGAUUCCUGCCUACUUGAUGCUUGUAACAGAAAGCACCCAAGACAUCAGUCACUUAGUUCACCUCCUAAACGCCUUCAACAGCGCUGUAAUCCGUCAAGAACCUUCUGAGUUCACCGACCAGAGAGUCAAGGAGCUCAAGGAAGCCGUGGUGAAGCAUAUCCUGGAGCCUGCUUGCCGAGAAAUCGAAACCAGCCUUAGAUUCCACGUCCACGCGCAUCUCAAAUUAGAUUCCACAAAUCCCUUUAAAGUAGGCGCCAAAGACGCCAGUCGGGUAGUCAGAGCCCUACCUUUACCGAUCGGCGGGUCUCUAAUCAGCGCCAAGCGGUUCGUGGAACACUACCUAGACGACAUAUUUUAUAACCUCACCACCGUAGCGCUUCAUGACUGGAAAACCUACAAAACAAUGCACGCGUUAGCGAAGUACAAACUAGGGUUAGAUUCAGUUCAGAACCAUUUACCGACUCAGACCCUGGAACAGGGCCUAGACGCUCUUGAAAUCAUGCGGAACAUCCACGUGUUUGUUUCCAAGUACCUUUAUAACCUCAAUACCCAAACGUUCGUCGAGCACACUAGCGCCAAUAAGCACCUCAAUACAAUCGGGAUCCGUCAUACUGCAAAUUCAAUCAGAACUCAUGGAACGGGAAUAAUGAGCACGACUGUAAACUUUGUUUAUCAGUUCCUGAGGGUUAAGCUGCACACGUUCUCGCAGUUCCUGUUCGACGAACACAUAAAGUCAAGGUUAUUGAAGGACAUAAGGUUCAUAAGGAACCAACGGGAACGGGAACAGACACCGUAUACUUACGAACGCGCUGAAAAGUUCCAAAAAGGAAUCAGGAAGCUAGGAAUGUCCAAUGAUUUGAGUUAUUUGGAUCAUUUCCGGCUGUUGAUAACGCAGAUUGGGAACGCGUUAGGUUAUGUUAGGUUAAUAAGAUCCGGAGGACUCCAUGCAUGCGCUAACGCGGUUUCUUUUCUUCCUGAUAUCAACACUCCGGGGUUCCAAGCUUGUUCCGGGAACUUGAAGUACUCUGAGACUACUCAAGCGGCUGCUAAGCGGCUGGAUGAUGAUUUGGGUAAUUUAGUUCGGAACUUCACCGAGGGGAGUCAGUACUUCAAACUUCUGGUAGAUGUCUUUGCUUCUGCGUUCAGGGACACUAAAAGCCAUCAUCUUCAGCAGUUUUAUGCGAUUGUUCCACCGUUGACUUUAAGUUUUGUCGAUAAUGCAGUUGCGAACAAAGAGAAGAUUUUUAAGAAGAACAAAGAUGGCGCUGCGUUCACUGAUGAUGGAUUCGCGAUGGGGAUUGCGUAUGUUAAUGCACUGUUGGAUCAAAGCGCGGAACUUGAUGGACUGCAGUGGUUUGAGACGGUCAAUGCGCAUUUGAAUAGGGAGAAGACGCUCGCGGAGAAGAUUGAAGGGGAUGAUGAGAAACUGAUGCAGACUAGGGCGCUGACCCUUAAGAGGUUAAGGGAGAGAAGUUCGGAGUUCCAGUUGUUGUAUUAUAGUCUUUCGGGAGCUAGGGUCUUUUUUAAGCAGACGGAUUAUUAGUUUGUUAAAGAUUUAAUGGUUUUUAAUACAGUUGUUUUCUUAAAAGAU